AGUGAGAGCUUUUUCACAGUGAAGUCAUACAUGUGUUCAGCGUGGAGACAUUACUGAGAUAUUCACGAUGUUUCAGUUCAACAUGUGGAGUUCUUUGAAUUUCAAAGUAAUUCUCACACUCGCGCUAAUCUCUCUAUCCCAAUCGAUUCCUGUGAAACGAGAUGCCGAUCUUCUUCCAACAGGAAUAUCAACUUAUAAACAAAAUGGAGGUUUGUUUCGGGAGUUUUUUUUACGAACGUUGAGCUUAUCUUCCACAGUGCAAGAUUUGCUGAAUUCCCUCGAUGAGACAGCAAAUCCAUGUACCGAUUUCUAUAAGUAUAGCUGUGGCCACUGGGUAGAACAUCACCCUCCCAUACCAGGAUACCCUAUGUGGAGUAAUUUAUACAUGCUCCAGGAUCACAUGAGACCAAAACUCGAACCUCUCUUGACUGCUAACGAUUCGGAAAGUGAUAAUGAAGCUAUUCGCAAAGCUCGCAAAGUUUAUCGAGCUUGCACGAACGAAGCAUUAAUUGAAGAACUGGGUGCAGCCCCCCUCCUAUCGCUGCUAAAUGCACAGGGAGGAUGGCCGUUGCUCAUGAAACCUGAAGACUGGAAAUCGAAGAACAUCCAGUGGCAAAAAAUUGUUCCCAGAGUUCUUAAAACAUUGGGAACACCCACUCUAUUCUCUUUCGAUGUAAAACCAGAUUAUAAAGAUGCAGAUACUCCCAUCAUUGCAAUUGGCGAUCCACCUCUUACCGUAAAAAAAACUGAAUUGACAGAUCCGGCAAGUGAGUCGGUGGUUGAGGCUUACAAUCAGUACAAAUCCAAAGUCGCUGAUAUACUCCAGCAAGCAUCAGGCUUAUCUUCUGAAGGAUUAACUACUGCUGAGCAAUUAACUGAAUUAGGCAACUUCGAGAAGGAACUAGCAGAGAUUGUAGAAGGGGAACAUAGUGUCAAAGUAAUUGACAGCUGGUAUAAUGUCAUGACAAUUGAUGAGAUCCAGAGUCUCUAUGACAGCGCAGGAGCGACCAAUCCAACUGCCCAGAUCAAUUGGCUGCAAAUGAUCAGAGAUGUGUUUGCGUUAACUCCUGAAAUAGAAAUCAAUGGAUCUGAGCGGAUACUUACGCCCGCGAAGAAUUAUUUCAAGAAACUUGCUGCAUUGCUGGAUAAAACUUCAUCCCAAACUAUCGUGAAUUACAUCAUGUGGCGAGUAGUUUCGGAUACCGUAGUGUACGGAAACGAGGAAUUGAGAACAGCAUUGAUCCUAUUCACUAAUGCACGUGUUGGAGUAGAUCCAAUUUCAGACAGAGACGCUGAGUGCUCGUCUGCUUCUCAAAUGGCAGCCGCUGUAUCUUACGCGUUUACCACCAAAUACUCAUCCCCAGAGACGAAACAGACGGUCACUGAUAUGGUGGGGAAUAUUAAAGAUGCUAUGGGGCGAGUCAUUGAACGAUCGUCUUGGGUCGAUACUGCGACGAAAAAUGUUGCUAUUGAUAAAAUUCAGCGGAUGGCAAAGUCUGUUAGUUAUCCGGAUUAUUUCAGCAAUAGUCAAAUGGAUAAAUAUUUCUCAGAGUUCCAGCCAUCGGAGAAUUAUUUCGCGAAUGAAUUGGAAAAACGAAAGCUGAAGCAGAAGACUCUCUUGAGGCAAUUGCAUAAACCAACAGAUAAACAUGUAUGGCCAGUUGAGCCCACGGAUGUGAACGCAGUGUACAUAGCAGAAGCGAAUACGAUGCUGGCACCGGCUGGAAUUCUGCAACCUCCUGUUUUCGACUUGCACAGGCCAAGCAUUUUCAAUUAUGCAACGGCUGGUGUAAUGCUAGGUCAUGAAGUUUCACACGCCCUCGACAGUGAAGGUCGUCGUUAUGACAAGCGUGGUAACGUGGUGACGUGGUGGACACAACCUUCCAUUGACAGAUACAAUCAGAACGCUCAGUGUUUCGUCGAUCAGUUCAGCAGUUAUAAAUUAUUCGAUGAUGAGGAGGGAGUCAUAUUCCUGAAUGGAAAUUUGACGCUUGAGGAAAACAUCUCAGACUCCAUGGGCUUGGAGCUCGCCUGGGACGCCUACAAGUUAUUCCGUACAAAACAAGGAACCGGUGGUGAUAAAAUUCCUGGAUUAGAGAAAUUCACUGAUGAUCAGAUAUUUUUCCUAGCGUACGCAAAUCUGUGGUGUUCUACUGAGGAAGCUAGAACAUCUGCUAACUCGGAUGUCCACAGUCCUGCGAGGCAGAGAAUCAUGGGUAGUGUUUCCAACAACGAAGGCUUCGCCACAGCUUUUAAUUGCCCGGCCAAUUCCGUGAUGAAUCCAUCGAAGAAGUGCAAUAUUUGGAAAUAAAUUGAAUGUCUUACUCAUUGAUGAUUUUGAAAAAUACUUGAUAUCGAUAGCAUUGUUAAUCUGAAUAUUGAAUGAAAAAUAAAUAAAUAAUUGUAUCGCA